AAUUCGUUCAACGCCUCUCUCUCCCUCUCUCGACGCAACAAAUUUUUUCAGUUGAAUUCUGGGCGGAAGAGUGCGAUAAUAUGGAUGCAUUGAAGACGCCAUCGGAGAAGGAAGGAAAAGAGGAUGAUCUCGAGUUGAGUUUGGAGCUGUCGAUAGGCGGAAGAUAUGGUUACAGAGAGGAGGAUAAUUCACAGGGGAGACCGAUGGAUUUUCCCGAUACCAAUGGCUGUAAUCUAGGCGGCAUUUUCAGCGUUUCGAGAUCUGAUUUUCGUUGCAAUGGAGGAGAAUCUAGGGCGGAAUGUUUGGACUCGCAGAGGAGGAAAGAGAUUCAGGCUAUGAAGAGACAAGUAGCGAGGAGAAAACGAGAAGAAAGGAUUAAGAAAUCUCGAGUUGUGGAGGACAAAGUGUACCUGGAGGCACAGAAACUGCAAGCUAGGGUUAGGGAUAGAGAAAUUAGGGAAAGAGAUGGUUUCGCAGAAGAUUUGGGAAGGAAGGUCGCGAAUGGUAAUGGCUAUGAGAAUGUAUGCUUGUACCCAAAGGUACAACACGGCUAUGCACACCCGCCGGUGAAUGUAUCUUCAUUGGAGCGGAGUUCGUCCGAUCACCAGAGCAUAUCACAAAAAGCAGGAGGAUGCAGCAGCGACAGUGGGAGCCAAUCGAGUCACCAAAGCAACCAUACGUUGGGAAAAGCUCCAUUGGAACACCUCCAAGCUCGCGCCGAGCAAACCAUCUCACAAUACAUAUGGAGCAAAUUCACAGAAAAAUCAACCAUUCCCCAAACCAGCACAAGAGAGAAGAUUGCAUCAACUGCAUCAAAAGAGACAACCAUCCCCUGCACUGCAAAACCAGAGAAGAACUUCCCCAAAGCAACAUCUCCGGCAGCAUACAUGCCUUGUGUCUCGGCCACCGGAAAUGGUCCGAAUGGCAAAACAAUCACCGGAUUUCUGUGCAAGUACACAAACAACGAGGUCACCAUCGUGUGCGGUUGCCAUGGGAACUCGUUUUCGCCAGCUGAGUUCGUGGAGCAUGCCGGAGGCGUCAACAUUUCGAAUCCAUUGAGGCACAUCACCGUGUUGCGCGGCGGCGAUUUAUGAGUUAUGUCGUUCCCGUGCUCCUGCUUGGCUUCCUAGUUUAUAAGGUGCGGAUGUUUUUAAUUUUGAACUCCUCCUGAUCAUUUGGAUCAUUCUUCUUAUCGUUAAGUGAGGAGCUCGUGAUGUUUGUCUUGU